AUGGAUGUGGAAGAUGUAGAUCCUGCAGUAGGACCAGAAGACACUUCGGGAGCUUCUAAUAUAGAGCCUGGGUCCCUUGUUGAGAUUCGGAAGGGUUCUAUACUUGCAUAUGGCAUAGUUUUAGGCCACGCGUAUAUGAACGGUCGCAUGUGGCAUCUCUCUUUGAUCAGUACAGGCGAAAUCAUCCAGCACGUCGAUUCCGAUGUGUACAUCGAAGUCCCUCGCAUGGUCAACCUGGACCUCGCCCUCCGCGGUGGCACCAACGUAAACCCAAUGGACCGCGUAGAGACUAAUGCGCGCGUUGCAAUCCUGAAGCACCUACGGGAAGCUGAAAAGGAAAUAAACAAGGCAUUCAUGGUAAUUGGGCGGAAGAACGCGGUGCUAUAUCCCCACGUGAAGUCGAAACAUCCAGAUGAGUGGGCAACCGUCAGCCUUUCAGAGGCUGCGAAACUGGCAUGCGAUUAUAGACCGGGGAGCUGGUCCACGCUCCUCGCAACACACAAAUAUAUCAUGGGUCGCCCUAUCGAAUUUGUGCCCCACAUGCAAUUUCAGAGACUUGCGCUCACGUAUGACGUGCGGCCUGAAAACCAUGUUGUCAAACUGCAGCGAGUCGUGGAUAUGGUGCGGAAAAGGAGUCCGGAACUGGAGGCAUUUAUCGAGAAAGCUCGGGGGCUGAUUCUUACUAGUCGGGAGAAGGCUAACGAGUCUUGGGAUGAGCCGCCGAGCAGAGUUGUCGUGGAGCAUAUCGCAUUUUCCCCAGAUGAUCGUGUCAUCCUUGAUGUCUUGCAUCUUGCAUUACGCAGGACGCGUUCCAAUUCUUCCGAUCCCUUUUCUGGGGUGGUCACAUCUAUCAUCAAGAGGAUUGGCUUGUAUACUCAGACAAUGGUGGAUGACGUGUGUCUGCGACAGUUCUUGAUUGAUAUGGGGGAGAUGGCCCCGUGGGAGGAUGUGGUUACCCACAGGAAAGAGCUAAAUCUGGACUUGGCACCGGAGGAGGAGUCGCAGCGCGUCAAAGAACAGAACGCUCUUGUCAAAAAGAGCCUGUCUUCGCUGCUACCCUCGCAGGCGAAGGUCAAACAACCAUUGGGCCCGGAAGACUUUUACCACCGCGAUCCCGUCGAGCAUCUGCGACACGACUUCGGAAGUCUACCCGUCUACGUGAUUGACGAUGUGAGCGCUGAAGAGUUGGAUGAUGGCUUGUCAGUGGAACCCGUUCCUAACGAGCCUGGUUCGGCUUGGAUACACGUCCACAUUGCAGACCCUACUUCUGUCCUUCCACCGACUCACACUAUCGCAGAAGCAGCACGUCGAAUGGGUUCCUCAGCAUACUUCAUCCAAAGGACAUGGCCUAUGCUCCCUCCCUCCCUUACCCACGAACGACUAAGUUUGGGCUCGCUUUCUUGGAAGGGGAAGCCUGAGCCUGUGCUUACAUUCAGCUUCAAGGUGGAUACUGAAGGCAAUAUGGUUGACUACGAUGUUAAAGCGGGUCUCAUUCGCAACGUUACAAGAGUUGACUACGACGGUGUGGAUCAACUUCUUGGAAACGGAGGUGUUCAAUUUGGCCUCCCAUUCGAGGCCCCGCAAACCCCUGGACCUUCCCGUGUGCCUGCACUAGAACCAAAAGAUGUGGAGAACAUACGUCUUAUCAACGACGUAACACGCAGGUACCGACAGCGUAGUCGCCAGAUACUAAAUCCAUUCGUAUUCUCAGCUCCAAUCGCGAAUCUCACGGUUGCUACGAAACCACUCUACGGUGCUCCAACAACACCAGCUUGGAACGCUUCAUAUUAUCGCGGCUUCCCUAGCCUUACCUAUCAGGUGACCUCUCAGAAGAUAGUGGAGCGUGGCUCGCGACUGUUUGUUGCUGAGUGCAUGAAAGCAGCGUCUCGCGUUGCUUCACGAUGGUUUGCCGCGAGGGGAGUGCCGAUGCUGCGUCGCUCUGCAGGACCUCCGAUCGCGCUUGAGGACAAGAGAGACAUCGAGAAGCUAGGGGCGAAGAUGGACGAGGAUGGAUUUGUGGACCACGCGGAGUUCCUCCAGACGAAGUUGCACGUUCCAGCUGUGGAGUAUGUCCUUGAGCCAGGUAUGCACUGGGCUAUGGGUAUCCCGGAAGGGGAGGGUUACGUGCGGGUCACAUCACCACUGCGACGGUACAACGAUCUGGUCGCGCACUGGCAGAUCAAGGAUGUGCUGCUUCGACCAACGACAUCUAGGCGUCUAUUCACUCCCGGGUGGCUCACUACCUACGCCACCGAACUUCUUGCACACGAAAAGCUCUGGAAGCAUAGCGAUCGCAGUCAUCGCUUGCAAUGGGCACUUAUGUACAUCAAGCGCUUCCUUGACCACCCGAACCCUCCCAGUGAUCGCGUCGACCCUCUGCAAUCCCUCACUGCAUAUACCACAGAGCCUUGCAAGAAGCGUGACCUGUUGACGGAUCAGUGUCUGUGCCAUAUACCAUCGCUUGGUCUAUCAGCAACAAUUAUUAUGCCUAGGGGUACGGAUAUCCCAGUUGGGCAGCAUGUGAGUGUGAGAGUCAAGGACGUGCAGGUCGGCCUGAAGUCGCUCUUCAUGCUGGAGUUAUGUGGGGUUGCAUAG